AUUCUGUCAUUUUGAAUUUCACACAUGUUGUGAUGUUGAUGUUUGACAGUUUGAACCUUUUUUGGCGCAUUUAUUUUAAAAACAAUUUUUAAAGUUUAUUGCGCUAAGGAUUGUGAAAUAAUGGAAUCAAAAAGCAAAAAAUGUAUUUCUAUUGAUGAAAAUAUGGAAUCGGCAGCAGAAUCUGAUGAUUCCUCAAACAGCGGGGAUGAUGGACCGAAGGCUAAAUUAACCAAAGAAGAGUUGUCGGAAAUUUACCUUUUACCUGAAAAAUCUGUAAAACGAGUCAUGAGCUUUAUGGCAACCAAAGCUACAUCACGGAUGUACCUCUGUAGGCACAGCAUCAUUGAGAAACAAAGGUACAAAAUGAUAACAGACACAAAGCAAUUGGACUCAUCUUGGAAGAGAAUGUACAUGGUAGCUCUUAAUAGAGCCAUUUAUAAUCACGAUUGGAACAAACUGCUGUAUAUUUUGAAGAAAUCUGUCUAUUGGGACUUCAAUUCCAAGAUAUUGAAUCACCAUAUUUAUACGAGAGCACUUACAAUACUUCUGAUGAACCAUCCCAGUGCGAAAGCCCAGUCUCUCCUCAACCAUUACUUCCAUAUGGCAUUAUCUUGCCGAUCCGACCAAGAUAAGAAAGCCCUUUUCAAAGUAAUGCUGACCAUAUCCGAUAAGCUUAUAAGGUAUGGUAGUCUUAUUUUAAACGAUGAGAACCUCAGUCAAAACAAGGUAACUUGGGAGAAGUUUAUUGAUAAACGUCUGAGGAAAGAAGUUGAUUAAGUCAAGUGUUGAAGAAUCUUUGAAUAUUGAAUCAAGUGUUGAAGUCUUUCAAGGUAGGAUUCUGUUUAUGUGCUCACUCUGAACUAUAUUUUUGUAACCUUUAUCUCAAUUUGAAGAGAUGAAAUUUUAAUGAAAAUGUAUCUUUGUGGUUUG